AUGGGAAUCUAUAAUCAGUCGACUGUUUUGAUCAAAGCGGUACUUCGACGGCUUAAAACUGAAUAUCAACUGAGAGUUCUUCGUAAUCCUGAUCGAUCUUGCAUAAGCGUAUUUAUCAGUUUGGCACCAGUGUCACCUGAUGAUGAUCCGAUCGGUCUAACGAGAUUCUCAUGCAUCGGUCUCGAGCAAAAUUUCACCGGAUAUCUACGUGAUUGUCAAAGCGCAUACGACUAUGUCUGGUUUCAAAUGUUCACAAUCCUACUUGAAAGAACACCGUGUAACCAACAGACACGACGAAUAAUGACUCAAUGCUGUCGUGAUCUUUAUAGGGCGGAUGAUAUAAGUCUCAAACAAAUCGAUCAUUUUGGGCGCACAUACAAAGCAGACCGAGCUCUUUAUUGGUAUACGAAGCCGAGCUUCUUUAAUAUGGUCAUCAACAGCGUAUUGCGCUCGAAUAAUGUGGGUGCUUUAUAUGUAUUUCGCGAACAAAUUCUGGACAUACGAAUGGGUCUUGCCGUUAAAUGCAAAGAACAGAUUAAGCAGUGGCAACGCGAUGGUUUUCGACAGCGUCCUCUCUAUCGUGGCACGACGAUGGAUCAAGAGAAGUAUCAAGAGUUACAAACGCACUCUAUUGACCAUUUUAUCAGCUUUUAUGGAUUCCUUUCGACAACAUAUGAAGAAAGUGUCGCACAAAUAUUUGCUGCAUCUGGGGAUGAAACAUUGUCAGCAAAAAACCAAGUAUCUGUUAUUUUCGUUAUCACAGUACCGACUUUGUCCGAGUUCGAUGAUGACUUGGUGUUCGCUAAUGUGUCGAGUGUAACGGCUGUUUCUGACGAAGAAGAGAUUCUCUUCGAUAUUGGUACAACAUUUAAAGUAGAAAGUACGAUCUAUGAGCCGCAGAAUAAAACUUACUAUGUAAGGAUGCUGGCAACCAGCGAGGGCGCGCGUGCCGCUCGUCGUGUCAUGUUAGAAAAUUGGGUUGCGUUGUGCGAUUUAAUGGUAAAUCGAGUGAACGAAUGGUAUGAUUUCGCCCGUGACGGUUGUAAAGAACUCUUGUCAAAGAAAGAUCUGAAGGAACUUCCAUGGAAUCAUGUUUUACAACGCAUUGUUUACACAAACAAUCUUAUGACAACGACUGCAGCAAUCACAAGACAAAAUCCGUUCCAAGCAUUACCAUCGAAAUCCCGAGCAUUAGUUAAAAACGCCGACCGUGGAGUUCUGCAACGAGCCUGGGGCUACAUGAAGCGACAUGUUUUCAGAACAGAUCCUAGCGUGCUAUAUACUCCACAGCCUCGAAAUGCUGCACAAGCUUACCAUAUUCGUUUACAACAAGAUGUUCAAGUAAUCAAUACCAUGAUAGACAAAUUCGGAAUGUAG